AAAACUGAGCUGAGUUUUCUGCGUGUCGGCCGAAAGCAGUUAUUGUGUGUAGUUCUAUUUUGAUAGUGGUUGAUAAACACUCAAAGCCGAUAAUAAUGGCCGCUAACACCAAGUCAGAUUAUCAACGUUCCUACGUUUCAGAAUUGGAGAACCAGUAUAGCGACGAUCAUGCUGGCCAAUAUAGUCCAACCUCGUCGCAUCAGGGCGUGGCUACGACACAAGCUUCCCCCCACUCUGAUAGCGCUACUCCUACCCCGAUCGCCGAGUGCCUAACAUAUGGAGGUACGACGGAACAUCACGAUCAGGAUGUUGUAGGGUAUUCCACCGUCAUGCGUGUAGCGGCGGAGGAUGGAGGGGGCGGGCAUUACCUGCUAUAUAAUACAGCGGCCAACAGAUUGGAUGAGGUUGGCAUAGAUGAUUCUCCCACCACAGAAUACCUGCAGUUGGACAACACGCACAGUGGCGUAACGAACGGAUCGCCCAACGGCAGUAUCGCGUCUGGUUCAGGUUCACCGAGGCGAAACGAAUUCAAAUUCACCAGCCUCAAUCCCCUGCAUGGUGCUGAUGACCACAGUGCGCAACUGACGCAACUUACCAACCACAUCAGCUAUGCAGGAGGCAUUGAUGCUCAAACACUAAAUAUCACCGGUUCGAUGUAUCCAAGGAACUCUUCCUACUCAACUGCCCCCAUGUCAUAUUAUCAGCCCAAUUCGCCCGAUUUAACAUCGCAAAGCCAACUUUGGACAAAUACAGGAAUUAAUACAGCGACAACCCUGUCUCUGAAUGAUUCCGCUCAAUCUACCGGUGGAAGCACGUUGCCAGGUUUCAAUAAAUUCUCCAACUCUUAUCACACCCCCAAUCACAGAAACUCUUAUGCCCUGUCUACAUCCAGCGGUUACUAUGAUCAAUAUACUGAAGCCAACCCUGGUCUUCCCUCCUAUUUGAUGAGUCCUGCCAGCGCUGGAAGAAGCAGGCUUCCUUCUGCAUCAGCAUCAUUAUCAGCCAUCGACGCCCGUACUGCAGAGUAUUUCACUGAGGGCAGGGAGUGUGUAAAUUGCGGCGCAAUUGACACCCCCCUCUGGAGAAGAGAUGGUACAGGGCACUACUUAUGUAAUGCUUGUGGUCUCUACCACAAGAUGAAUGGAAUGAACCGGCCCCUUGUGAAGCAGCCUCGUAGACUGUCCGCUUCCAGAAGGGUUGGAUUAACCUGUACAAACUGUAGGACCAGCACUACGUCCUUAUGGCGAAGAAACACAUGCGGCGAACCUGUGUGCAAUGCAUGUGGAUUAUAUUACAAAUUGCACGGCAUCGACAGACCUCUGGCGAUGAAAAAAGAUAGCAUCCAGACGAGAAAAAGGAAGCCCAAAGGGAGUAAGGGUCAACAACAACAACAAGCAACUCCAUCACCAAGAAGUGGGAUACAACAAGCUCCUACCAUGACUGCUAAUCAGAUGCAGUCUGUAAAUAGGCAAUCAGUACCUCCAAUCAAAUUAGAGCAGAACCUGUCUGCGAUUAAAAUGGAACAUACUGGUGGAUUAGAUUACUCCGAUCUCAGAUCAGUGUCCGGCCUCAGUCACCUACCCCACGUUCAGGCCACUUCAUAUGUCUAUCAAGCCCCUCAUUCGCCUUACACGACGCAAAAUUCCCCCCAGCUCAACAACAAUGACUAUUACACCACCCUCCUCCAACAAUCUACACCGAGUCCCCAUUCGGAAAAUCAAUCUCCGAGCCCAAACUCUCACAUAGUCCUGAACAACAAUAAUAACAGAAAAGUCGUCAUCAACGAUGAAACCGAUCGACCUACAGUUGUCUCUAUGUCAUCUGGGGUUUAAAUGACUGUAAUUUAUAUAGGCUGGUAUUCCUCAACGUAUUUGUACGUACUUUGAACAGAAGGAUCUUCGAGUCGUGUUUGAAAAUGUUGGAUUUAACGUUUUUGCUAGUCAUAACUGAAGGAGCUACUUAUCUUGAAAAUUCGAACGCUACCUCCGUUGCAACUAAAUCGCGUAUUUCUCGAACGGAACCUUGAUGGAUUCCAAAUAUUUUAAUUUCAUUUAUAUUCGGCCAAGAAGCAACGGAUCUGUGAUCUCCGUUAUAGGCCAGACGCCAGACCUAUAUCUGUAGUGUAAAACAGUCAAGUUCCACAAUUUUUAAUCAUACUUACUCGAAUUGAAACUGUAAUUAAUAUAUUAUAUCCAUGACUUAAAUUAUUCAAAUAUUUUUCUGAAUGAACAAUUGCUAUAUUAUAGAGAGUAUCCAAUUCUUUUACAGUAAUUUUUCAGUUCAUUUCAUCAUUUUGAUCUAUAAAAUGAAACUAUUAAAUUUGUACUUGGAUAAGUUGGGUGAACUUAAUUGAAAAAAAAACUUAAUUUCGAACGUUAAACCAAAUGCUUUCAUCAUUGUGAUCUACAAAAUUUGAAUCCUCAGACAUCACUUAGAAUUUCACACUUUACCUAAUAUUAAGUAAAAAGUACUCGUAGAAUUCGAAACUAUUGUGAUAAAUCUAUUUUUGGGUUUCAUCCAAAUUAAUCCAUAUAUCCAACAAUCUCUGUGUCAGUCUAAUUUUUUAUUGUAAGUAUUGUAAUUUAACUAGAUUCAUGACUUUUAUCAAUUUUGUAAAUAAUCGUCAAAAUAUAUUUUUAUUUUUAUUAUUGUAUAUAUGGUAGGAUGAGAUCACAUUAUUUUCUGUUUAUCUAUAAAUGACAUAAAUGCUUUACUCAUGACAUUUUCAUUAACCAAAGACGUGAGUUGUUGUUAUCUCUUAUAAAAAAACGUAUUUUGUUAAUUUGUACAUACAAUAAUUUAAACAAAACACGUUUUUCGACUGAUUUACUACCUACUUGCACUUUUAGGUUAGAACAAGAGACGGCAGAGUAUCUUCUGUGAGUCUCCAACGAGUGUAAAAUCUAAUCAACGUUAAGUUUAAGGUUCAUAAAGAUUAUACCGGAGGCUAAAACUCACAGUAUAUCAUUAUUACUUAUUCUGAAAUUCCAUUUUCCUGAAUAUCGUAAUAUUGUAAAUAUUUAAUUGUAGUUGAAGAAAUAUGUUUGUAGAGAUUUGUAUCUUUAUUUACUGAUGUUGUAAACCAAUAAAAUUAGAAAAAAAUAA